UGUAUAUCCACUUCAGAAUAUGUUGUACACACUGAAUACAUAGAAUAUUAUCUGUCAAUUUAAAAAUUAAGAAUGCUUAAAAAAUAGACUAUAGAUUAGAAAGUAAGAAGACUAGAAAAUAAAAAUAAUCAGAAUAAAUUCAGGGGUGGCUGGGUACAGUGGCUCACGCCUGUAAUCUCAGCACUUUGGGAGGCCGAGGCUGAUCGCUUGAGCCCAGGAGUUCAAGAUUAGCUUGGGCAACAUGGUGAUACCCUGUCUUUACAAAAAAUACAAAAAAAUUAGCUGGGCUUGGCGUUGCAUGCCUGUAGUCCCAGCUACUUAGGAGGCCGAGGUGGGAGAUCAUCUGAGCCUGGGAAGUUGAAGCUGCAGUGAGCCGUGAUUGCACCACUGCACUCCAGCCUGGGUGACAGAGUGGGACCCUGUCUCAAAAAUAAACACAUAAAUAAAUAAAAAUUAAAAUAAAUUCAGUGGAAAAGGUAGAAGAUAAAUUUGAGACCAUUUCCCAGAAAAGUAGUAUAAAAAUGAACAACAAAAAAGAAAAUAGCAAAGGGGGUGCAGUUAAUGCAGGAAAUGUAAUAUCCAACUAAUAGAUGUUCCAGAAAAAGGAAAUACAUGGAGAAGAAGAAAUUAAUAAAUAAUUCAAAAAAAAAUUGCCCCAGAAAUGCAGUACUGUGUAUGUAUUUCCAGAUUAAAAGGAUCUUUUCGUUGGGCGUGGUGGCUCACGCCUGUAAUCCUAGCACUUUGGGAGGCUGAGGCAAGAGGAUCCCUUGAACUCAGGAGUUUGAGACCAGCAUGGGCAACAAAGUGAGAUCCUAUCUCUACAAUAAAAUUUAAAAAUCAGCUGGGUGUAGUGGUGUGUGCCUGUACUCGCAGCUACUCAGAUGGCUGAGGUGAAAGGGUCCUUUGAGCCUGGGAGCUCAAAGGUACAGAGAGCCGUGAAUACAACACUGCACUCCAGCCUGGGCGACAAGCGAGAUUCUGUCUCAAAAGAAAAAGGAAAAUAAAAGGAUCUUUUGAGUCAUCAGCACUGAGAAACAUUAUCAUGAAAUUUCAGAACAUUUAGAAUUAGAGCUUGGGUUAAGCAUGGAGUAGAGUGAAGGAUCAAAACGGAUCAUGUAGACAAAAAUUGGGGGUCAGAGAUACUGCCCCUCAGCAGCAACUUCUAGCUCAUUUGGAAGCUAAAAGAUAAUGGAAUGUUCAGUGGAAGGUGAGGGACAAUGGCACAUGAGAGAAAGUGAUUUUCAACCUAAGUUUUAUGCCCAGCCUAAUUAUUAAUCAAGUGCAAAGGCACCACUGAUAUAUUUUGAACUUAGAGUCUCAAAAUUCAUAUCCCAUACUCCCUCUCUCAGAAAGCUGUGGGAGGACAUGUACUGUAUUAUAAUCCAUGAAUAAGCCAGAAAGGAAUUCAUAGUGUCAGAAAACAGGACAGCCAACACAGCGAAGUAAAAGGAAUUCCAGGAUAAUUGCAAAUGUCUCAGGAUGAUAGCUUAUAUCUGACCUAGAAAACAACCAGUCCAGAAUGGAGUAUGAGGACAGAAAAUUGGUAUAGACCUCUUGAAGGGGGAAAACUAAACUGAUAUAUGUUGUGUUUGAGCAUAUUUGAAGCAGAUAUGUAACAGAGGGAGUUUAAAGAUGAAUUGGUAAUAGAAGAUUAAGUGCAUUAAAAAAUGAGGCAAUUACAGUUCUAGGACAAGCAAAAAAUUUGUGGGAGGAAAAUAUAAUAGUUCACUAGCUGGCUUAGCUGUGAACAAUAUUUAUGUAAUUAUAACCCUCUAAACAUUGAUGUAACAAAAAUUUGUGAUAAAACUCUAUUGGAAAAAACUAUAGUUCAGGAGGGCGUGCGUGUUUGGUGAUGCUGUAAUCAUUAAUAGUGUGUAGUAUGUCUUGCAUUGUUUUAAGCAACACACACAAUUGAUCCUGAUGAUAAUCUUAUGAGGUAUGUGCUAUUAUCUUCCCUUUUUUGUAGGUGAAGGAAUUGAGGCAUAGAAAGGCUAAAUAAGAGUUAUUUCCUCAUCUUCAACAGUAAGAAAUGAAUGGAUAACAUCUGAAAUUGAUGAAAGCACUGUAAACAUUUUUUUUUUUUAGAAGUAAAGAGAAGAAAUAGCUAGGAUGUAUGAAUCAAGGCUAAGGAAGGCACUUUGAGAGGACACAGCAGGAGGAUCACUUGAGACCAGGAGUUUGAGACCAGCCUGGGUGACAAAGCAAGACCCCUUCUCUACAAAAACAACAACAACAACAACAAAAAACUCCUUGGGAGGCUGAGGGUUUGAAAAACAAACCGAAAAAGAUGGGCCACAUAAAGCCAGACUUGAUUGACGUUGACUUAAUCAGAGGGUCAACAUUUGCCAAAGCAAAACCUGAAAUUCCAUGGACAUCUCUGACUCGGAAGGGGCUUGUUCGAGUUGUAUUUUUUCCGUUGUUCAGCAAUUGGUGGAUUCAGGUUACCUCUUUAAGAAUCUUUGUUUGGCUGUUACUACUUUAUUUCAUGCAAGUUAUAGCAAUUGUCUUAUAUUUGAUGAUGCCUAUUGUGAACAUAAGUGAAGUACUUGGACCCUUGUGCCUUAUGCUACUCAUGGGAACUGUCCACUGUCAAAUUGUGUCUACUCAGAUAACAAGACCAUCAGGAAACAAUGGAAAUCGAAGAAGAAGAAAAUUACGAAAAACUGUAAAUGGUGAUGGGAGCCGAGAAAAUGGAAAUAACUCCUCUGAUAAAGUCAGAGGAAUAGAAACUUUGGAAUCUGUACCCAUUAUUGGUGGUUUUUGGGAGACUAUCUUUGGCAACAGGAUUAAAAGAGUAAAAUUAAUAUCUAACAAAGGGACGGAAACUGACAAUGACCCAAGUUGUGUCCAUCCUAUCAUUAAGAGGAGACAAUGUCGACCAGAGAUUAGAAUGUGGCAAACAAGAGAGAAAGCAAAAUUUUCAGAUGGAGAAAAGUGCCGUAGGGAGGUUUUUAGGCGUUUGGGUAAUGGGGUGUCUGAUGACCUGUCAAGUGAAGAAGAUGGUGAAGCACGGACACAGAUGAUAUUAUUGCGUAGGAGUGUGGAAGGGGCCUCAAGUGACAAUGGUUGUGAAGUUAAGAAUAGAAAAUCAAUACUUUCAAGGCACCUAAACUCUCAGGUAAAGAAAACCACUACAAGGUGGUGUCACAUUGUGCGGGAUUCAGAUAGUCUGGCUGAAUCAGAAUUUGAAUCAGCAGCCUUCAGCCAGGGCUCUAGAUCGGGUGUGAGUGGUGGCUCUCGAAGCCUCAACAUGUCAAGAAGAGACUCAGAAAGCACCCGCCAUGACUCGGAGACUGAGGAUAUGUUAUGGGACGACCUGCUACAUGGCCCAGAGUGCCGGUCAUCUGUCACCAGUGACAGUGAGGGGGCCCAUGUGAAUACCCUUCACUCAGGGACCAAACGUGACCCCAAAGAGGAUGUUUUUCAGCAGAAUCAUUUAUUCUGGCUUCAGAAUUCAAGUCCUUCCUCUGAUCGAGUUAGUGCAAUAAUCUGGGAGGGGAAUGAGUGCAAAAAGAUGGAUAUGUCUGUGUUAGAAAUAAGUGGCAUCAUCAUGAGCAGGGUCAAUGCCUAUCAGCAAGGAGUAGGUUAUCAGAUGCUGGGAAAUGUUGUCACUAUUGGAUUAGCAUUUUUUCCAUUCUUACAUCGACUUUUCCGUGAGAAGAGCCUUGACCAACUAAAGUCCAUUUCAGCUGAGGAGAUCUUGACUCUCUUUUGUGGGGCACCACCUGUUACACCUAUUAUUGUUUUGUCCAUAAUUAAUUUUUUUGAAAGAUUGUGUCUUACUUGGAUGUUUUUUUUCAUGAUGUGUGUGGCAGAGAGAACAUAUAAACAGAGAUUUUUAUUUGCAAAACUCUUCAGCCAUAUUACUUCUGCCAGGAAAGCUAGGAAAUAUGAAAUACCUCAUUUCAGACUUAAGAAGGUGGAGAAUAUUAAAAUAUGGUUAUCACUGCGUUCCUAUCUAAAGAGACGGGGGCCACAGCGUUCAGUUGAUGUGGUUGUAUCCUCGGUUUUCCUACUGACACUUUCGAUUGCUUUCAUUUGUUGUGCUCAGGUUCUCCAAGGACAUAAAACUUUCCUGAAUGAUGCUUAUAACUGGGAGUUUUUGAUCUGGGAAACAGCUUUACUACUUUUCUUAUUGCGUCUGGCCUCACUGGGGUCUGAAACCAAUAAGAAAUACAGCAAUGUUUCGAUAUUACUUACAGAACAGAUUAAUUUAUAUCUUAAGAUGGAAAAAAAGCCAAAUAAGAAAGAACAGCUUACUCUAGUAAACAAUGUAUUAAAGCUGUCCACCAAGUUGUUGAAAGAGCUGGACACACCAUUUAGACUCUAUGGACUGACAAUGAAUCCCUUAAUCUAUAAUAUCACAAGAGUAGUUAUCCUUUCUGCUGUCUCAGGUGUUAUAAGUGAUCUUCUAGGAUUUAAUAUAAGACUGUGGAAAAUUAAAUCAUAAGCUGAGUUAAAUGCCUGGACUCUCCCCUGGCUGGUAUCAAAACUUACCUAUCAAGGAAAGUGAUGACUGCAGAAACCAGUGAGAUACCCACCUGCUUGUUCACAUGCACAGGUGCUCUCAGCUCUGCCAAAGCGAAUGAAUGGUGUUUCUGGAGGAGCAAGUCCUUUUCCAGCUGGGUGUGCAUGCUAAAAACCUGUAUUUUCAUGCUUUUCAAACAACAUGAAUAGUCAGCUGACUAAAGACUGUGUGUGUUGUGGUAACACAAGGACAAUUUUGUAAGUUUGCGCUUCAGUACUGUGACAGUUAUGUUUACUGGACAUAGUCUUUUGGGCAACUAUGAUAGAUGCCCAAAGCAUGAAGCAAAUAUCUUUUAUUGGAAAUAUGCAAAUUCAAUACUUUUCCAUUAUAGUCUGUAGAACUGGAGAUUUCAUUUCUCUAUUAAAGAGAGAUCAAGCAAACUAUUUUAGGUUAAAUCCGAAUAAAAGAACUUUACUGGA